CUCAUCCCUCAACCCACCCUCCGUGUUCGCAAUGGCUGCUCGGACAUCCCCCUCCACCUCCGUGACUCGCAACCUCGCCACCUGGAUCGAGGAAGUCAACCCCUCCUCCAUCCCGGCGGAGAUCCAGACCCGCGCCAAGUAUCUGAUCCUGGACGGCCUCGGUUGUGCUUUACUGGGCUCGCGUCUACCGUGGUCCGUCAAGGCCCACGAUGCCAUUACUGCCAUCGAGGGAACGGGGAACUGCACUGUCAUCGGAUGGAACAAGACCCUCCCCCCCACCUCCGCCGCCCUCCUCAACAGCACAUUCCUCCAGGCCUUCGACCUCGACGACUACCACAUCGAGGCGCCCAUCCACGCCAGCUCCGUGAUCCUACCCGCCGUCCUCGCCGCCGCAGAACAACAAACCCAUACCACGGGUCUUCCCAUAGGAGGCGCCGACUUCCUCACAGCUAUGAUAGCCGGGUACGAGACUGGACCCCGAGUCGGUCUGGCCCUGGGUGGCUCCCACAUGCUGACCAUCGGGUGGCAUUCCGGCGCGAUCUUCGGCCCCGCAGCCUCCGCAGCCGCCGUAUCGAAGCUUCUCCAUCUCUCGACCGACCACAUCGAAGACGCGCUCGGCAUGGCCUGCACGCAAGCCUGCGGGCUCAUGUCCGCGCAGUUCGAGAGCAUGGUUAAGCGGAUGCAGCACGGUUUCGCGGCGCGGAGUGGUGUGCUGGCGACCUAUCUCGCCCGGGAGGGGUUCACAGGUAUCAAGGAGAUCUUCGAUCGUGAGUACGGCGGGUUCCUGGGAAUGUAUUCUCUGGGAGCGGAGAAGGAGCCGCGGUUUGUGAAGGAGGAGGUAAGUAAGGAUCUCGGGGAAGUUUGGCAGACGGAGAGGAUCCGCGAAAAGCCGUAUCCGCUUAUGGCGGGCACGCAUUGUACGGUGGAUUGCGUGAGGGUGUUGCAGAAGGAGCAUCCGGAGAGAAUGAGGGAUUGGAAGGGGAUUGUGCGGAUUGAGGCGGAGAUGGCCCGCGCGGCGUAUAAGAAGGGGGGCUGGAGGCCUGAGAGGCCCGCCACGGUGACUGCUGCGCAGAUGUGUGUCCCGUAUGCGGUCGCGUUGCAGGUUCUUGAUGGGGAGAUUGUUCCUGGGCAGUUUGCGCCGGCGAAGUUGAAUAGAGAGGAGAUUUGGGAGAUUAUUGGCAAGGUGGAGUGUCGAGAGGUGGACGAGUUUGAUCAUUCUUGGGCGCAGAGGGUGAAGGUGGUGUUUGAGGAUGGGGAAGUGUUGGAGACGACGGUUCUGGCGCCGAGAGGAGUCAAGCCGGCGUUGUCGAAUGAGGAGAUUCUGGAGAAGUGGAGGGCUGUGACGAGAGGGGUGAUUGCGGAGGAGAGACAGAGGGAGAUUGAGGCGGUCGUCUUGCAUCUGGAGGACGUGGAUGACGUGGUGGGGAAGCUGGCGGGGCUGUUGGCUCCGGAAACAGUGAAUGUUUUGGAGGAUUAGAUUUGAGUGUUGAGAUUGAGGAAGAAGAAGCUGGGUCAUAGUCAUGGAUUACCAAUGCAUUCGGAUAGCC